AUGGCUACGUCGGCACAAAAGGUCGUCUUCGGGGCGAUGACGUUUGGCACGGCGGGCGCUGAACAGGCACGCGUGCACCAGCUGUCGGACUGCGCGACGAUCCUGGACGUCUUCCAGAAGCACGGGCACAACGAAAUCGACACGGCGCGCACAUACGGCGGCGGGUCGUCGGAGACGUACCUGGGCCAGCUGGAUCUGCCCAAGCGAGGCAUCGUGCUGGACACGAAGCUGGCGCCAGGCCGGGGGGGCGGGGGCGUCGCGCAGGCGCACACGUACACGCACCGCCCCAGCGACCUGGAGCCGGCGCUCCGCGAAAGCCUGGCGGCGCUGCAGACGGACAAGGUGGACAUGUGGUACCUGCAUUCGCCGGACCGCAGUGUGCCGUACGAGGACACGCUGCGCGAGGUGAACCGGCUGUACGAGCAGGGGUAUUUCCGGCGGUUUGGCAUCAGCAACUACGCGGCAUGGGAGGUGGCGCAGAUGGCCGAGACGGCGCGGCGGCACGGCUGGAAGGCCAUUGACGUGUACCAGGGCGUGUACAACGCGCUGCACCGCGCGGCCGAGCCGGAGCUGUUCCCGUGCCUGCGGCACUACGGCAUCGCCUUUUACGAGUACAACCCGCUGGCCGGCGGCCUGCUGACCGACCGCUACACGCGCGCCGACACGGCCGCCGACGUCGAGCCCGGCAGCCGCUUCGACCCGGCCAGGACGCAGGGCACCAACUACCGCACGCGGUACUGGAACGACGCCUACUUUGACGCGCUGGACGUGGUGCGGCCCGUCGCCAAGGCGCACGGUAUUCCGACGGCCGAGGCGGCGCUGCGCUGGGUCAGCCACCACAGUGUGCUGCGGAAAGAGCACGGCGACGCAGUGAUUAUCGGCGCCAGCAGUGCGGCGCAGCUCGAGGACAAUCUGGCGAGCCUGGAGAAGGGCCCUCUGCCGGACGAGGUGGUGCAGGCGUUUGACGACGCGUGGAACGUGGUCAAGGCGGCGUGCAAGCCCUAUUUCCGGGUCUAG